AUUUCCAUUUCAGUUUGUGGGUCCCACAUGAAAAUUUUUGGUACAUUGUUGAAUUAUAAAAAUGCUGCCUAUUUCUGGAAUUGAAUUCAUACCUUCAGUCUGUCUAUGUGAUCUGAAUCUUUACUGUUUUCUUUGUUCAUCAAUAUUUUAGAAAUAUUUAAUUUAUAAUUUUAUAUUUUCUGCGCAAUUGAAUGAUCUCGGGUAUCUUUUGAAGGGUGACAUGGCCAAUCUCUUAAGUGUGUAUAUGUUUCUUGUUGGCAUCUAGUGAUUGUUCUUAUCUUUCAAGAGGUGUUACCAUUUGUUAUUCUGAUUUUUAUUGAGAUAAAUGGAUAGUUUCCGAAUGGUUUCCUCUAGUACUAAGUCACCAUUGAUUAAUACAUGAUUUUUUUAUUAAGUUUUGUGUUUGCACACAUAUCACAGCGACAUAACGUUUAACAAAGUAUUUGAAAUGGAUGGCGAGUCUCGGUUCUAUGGUAGCAAGUCUUCGUUGUAGAACAAUUUUUUCUUUUCCAUCUUAAUUAGUAUUUCAUUGCAUUCUCUGUUGCUUAACCUUUUCCAGGGUAAUUUCAUAUCGGCGUUCUUGUCCAGCAGCAUUUAGGCUUUAUAUGGAACUCCUUAAGCGGCAUGCUUUUGCACUUAAAGAAUAUACAAAUUUGCCUAAUGAUGACAAGAUCAUGAAUUCCUUAGAUGCUAUCAUCCAUUUCUCUCGGAUAUUUGGUGUGCGAUCCAACAAAGCUGGUGCUCUUUUGGUCCAGUUUGUCUUUUCAAUUAUUUGGCAGUUAGUUGAUACAUUGCUAGAUGAUGAUGGGUUGCUACAUCUUACACCAGAGAAAAAUUCUAUAUGGCAUACCAAACCUCAAGAAAUGGAAAUAGAUAGCCCUAAUAAUUUUGAUGAGAAGAGGAUUGAACAUACAGAGAGAUUACUGAAUCUUAAUACCAUCAUGUCUGUAGAGUUGAUUGGGCAGUUUCUGCAAAAUAAAGUAACUUCCAGGAUUCUGUACUUGGCACGCCAAAACAUGUCAGAACUUCAGUCCUUUUUAUACGUUGUUUUUAAAGUUUGUGUUUUUGUUUUGUUUUUAUCUUAGGGUGUGUUUGAUUGCGAGCAUGUAAUAUACAUGGAAAGAAAAUAAAUACUAAGUAAUUAAAUUGUCUAGAAAUUAUUUGCAUGGAAAUUAUCAAUUAAAUGUGUGUGAUUAAUUUAAUUUUCAAUCUAGAAAAUAUUAUACAAGUCCAUUUUAGUACUAGGUAGAUGGGAGAUAGAGGGGAUAGAUGAGAGAGAAAGA